AUACUGACUUUGAUAAUGCUUCACCAAUACUAUUUAAGCAGCGGAUCGUACAACUACUCAAUACUAUUGUAUUUAGCAAUAGCCUUUUGACGCAGGAUCGGACACAUUUAGUGAUCUCUAUACUCGAAAAAAUUCAUGUCAUUCAAAGCCCAAAUCACUCCAUAAUAACUGACGAAGAGCUGGAAGGACCAUUACAAACUCAAAGUUACUCAGAGACCGGGAGAUUAGAAGGAUAUUUGCAAGAGAUCAAUGAUCUAUCAGGUUUGGAAGGAAAUGAAGAAGGGGAACAAAUCGAAAUAGAGGAUAUAUACCAUCCAGAGAAUGAUUUAAUUAUAUUCCUUCCAGAAGUGCUCGAAUUAUUAUCAGCAUCUUUGAUCCAAACAUCCACACCAGAGGAAAUGAUGACUGUAGAAGAUGUUUUGAAUGCGACAUUCGCGUACAAAUGUAUUGCUGAGGAGCUAAAGAAAUGA